AUGGAAGAAAUCAGGAGAGAAAUGGGAGAAUCUUCCAAGGGAAACGUUAGCAACAAUGAAAGGCAAGUGAAACCUUUUCCCCACAGAGGUGAGCCUAGGAAGAAAAAGAAGGAUCCAGGGGACUUCAUGGAAAUUUUUGGGAAGGUGGAAAUAAAUCUACGGUUUCUCCAAGCUUUAAAGCUGCCCAUUUUCAGCAAGUUUAUCAAGGGGUUCAUCGCUGGGAAGAUCAAACCCAUUGCUAAGAUUGUGAUUGGGGAAACCGUGUCGGCAGUGAUUGAGAAGAGGAGGAUGCCCUCCAAGCGUACUAACCUAGGUAUGUUCACUCUCCCUAUCUCUAUUGGGAACAUUAAGGUUGAGCAUGCCAUGUGUGACUUAGGUACUUCGAUAAAUGUUUUACCUCUUUCGCUUUAUAAGAAAUUGGAGGGAGUAAGAAUGGUGGAUACGAAGUUGGUAAUUCAGUUAGCUGAUAGGUCAUGCAUCAGUCCUGAGGGCGUUUUAGAGAAUGUAAUCGUUGAGCUGCAUGAUUUUUUGUACCCUGCUGACUUCCAUGUUAUCAAGAUGAAGUUGAUGCAAGAACAAGUGGAAAAUUCAGAGUUGAGUCACUCCAUUGACAAGGAGGUCGCCAAUUGGUGCGAAGCAGUUAACACACUGGGAAUGACGGAUGAAGACUUAGCAGAGGCAAUUUUGGAAUUUUGCAAAAGUCUUGAAUUUGCCAGAUCUAAGGAAUUGGUCCGUGUCGCUAAUGGGGGACAUUCACCAGCACCUGAAGGAUUUAUUACCAAGGAGACAAAGAAGAAUCCAUUGCCCCAGGAGACAAGUGCGACAAAGAAGGAACUGAAGACAUUACCCCCAGGCCUCAGAUAUGCUAAUUUGGAAGACUACGAGAUGUUCCCGGUAAUCAUCAACAGCAACCUGACUCGGAAGCAGGAAGAAGAGUUAUUGGAAGUGCACAGGAGGAAUAAGACAGCCAUAGGAUGGACUCAAUAA